AACAGGUUAAUAAUAAUAAUAAUAAUAACGAUGACUACCAAAGCAGCGAUUAGGCAUAAAGUUUGGUCCUAUUUGGAGGACAACGAUUUAGCUCUACCUCCCAGACCCGUGUUUGACAGGAUUCCCAACUUUAAGAACUCUGACAUAGCCUGCGAUAGAGUUGUCAAACAAAAGGAGUUUAUUAACGCACGGGUUGUCAAAAUAAAUCCCGACAGACCUCAGCUCAAGGCCCGGUAUCGGACACUGGAGUCUAGAAAAACAUUACUGGUUCCGACCCCUCGUCUCACUAGCGGUUUGUUCAAUGAAAUAAUUGUCAGCGACUAUAGUAAAGAAGCUCUCAGGACCUGUGCCUCAUCGGAAGGGGUCAGAAAUUUUAGUAAACCAAUUGAUUUGCAAUCAAAAAUCACUAUCGAUGUCAUUAUUGUCGGUUCGGUGGCUGUUUCUAUGCAAGGUCACAGAAUAGGCAAAGGCGAAGGUUUUGCCGAUCUCGAGUAUGCAAUGAUGGUCAGUCUGGGCGUAAUAGAUCCACUCAACACACCAGUCAUCACAACAGUUGACGACUCGCAGGUCUUUGACAGUCUACCCGAGAAUCUGUUUGGUGAACACGAUCUGACUGUCGAUAUCAUAGCAACGCCGACACGACUGAUCCGCUGUGAGCCGCGACUAUCGAAACCUAAAGGUAUUAUUUGGUCACUAUUGACACCGCAAAGAUUGGAUGAAAUGCCGAUACUGAAGACAUUCAAAGAUUGGGAAAAAGAUAACAAAAAGACGGGAAAAAAUGUUCAUUUAGUCUCAAAUUAGG